UGUCGGAAUCGGAAUACAUCUUAGAAGCAUAUAGUGAUUGUUAACUGCCGACGAAAAGAUAUUUCGCUUGCCUAUGACAAACUAUGGAGGGCAACUGUCGGCGAGAUGGAGACCAAUCAGGACGACCCUUACUCUACUGAUAAUACCCAUGCUUUUAUCCCCGGUCAAGACGGAGCAUCCGCUCGAGCAGUAUCUGAGGCGAGAAGACUCUUGAGCCAUUUCGAAAAAGCAGGGGAGAAGAGAUUUGAAUUGGAGAGGAUCAUAGGGGAAGGUGCUUGGGGGGUCACCUUUAAGAUGAAGAUCAGAGAAAGGUCGGCUCCAUCCCAUGAGUGGAGACCAAUGAGGAGAUUCGUGAUGAAAAGGUCUCUGACCGUGGCCGCGAGGCAGAAGAUUCGACGGGAAGAGAGGGUGCUCAGGCGAUUACGAGGGUCCGUACAUAUCGUCCAACCGUACAGUCUGGGAGACAGUGUUUCAGCUCGCCUGAUGUCACGUCUUGGGGAGGGAACGUUGCUGAUGGAGUGGAUUGGCAACGGCCUCCUUCACGAUGUUAUUCAUAGGGCCGCUGACUGGGGCCAUCCCCUGCCAAACAGACUACUAUGGAGGCUUUUCCUCUGCUUGUGUCGGAUGGUGAUUGCGAUGGCUUGGCCACCAGGGGGGAGCGGAACAGUAACCCCGAGUGUCGAGGUCCUGCCGAUACCGAAUGCGGGAGGCAACCGACCGCCCAAGUCCCGCCUUAUUCAUGGCGAUUUGAAUGCCCGUAACAUUAUGAUUGGCGAGCUAGAACCGCAAGAACACCGUCUUGUCCCCGUACUGAAGCUCAUUGACUUUGGUUCUUCUCGGGACUUGCCUAAGGGCCUAAACCAACCUCCAGAUCCUGCUGUGAAGGGCAACUUGCUUAACAUCGGGCAAAUAAUGCUGACGAUAGUAGGGGGUAGUCAUAGAGGAGGCGCAGCAGACAUGGUGGUGAGAGACCAUGGAAAAGAGAAGACCGUCAAGUCGUAUGCGAGAGACCUGGACGGGUUGAACAGGUUGUACAAAGCUCCAGCUAGCAUCGCGGCUCGCCACGGAGAGAAGGUUAAAAACCUAGACCCGGACCUACGGAGGCUCGUAGUACUUUCUGUGGCAUCAGAUGUGAACGAGCGCUUAGAUCUCGAGGAUCUCGUGGCCGCGGUGGAACAUUACGCCACCGCGAAGACACAAGCUCAUUAUCUGGGCUACAAGUAUUAUGCCAACGAGUCUGACCAGUCGGUGGCUCGCAUCACGAGAGAGCUGAUACUUGGUGCAGAAGAUAAAGGGGUAAAGGUAGAUCCCUGGGGCAGGGCGAAAGGGUUAAGCUUAGAGAGCUUCGAGAUUCCCCGUCUGCAAUAGCGGCUUAUACUAAACGUGUAGUUUAUAGGAGUCGGCUCAACCUAGGCUCAACUCACCAUCCUUUCGGGAAAGCAGUUGGUAUCAAACACUGAACCUAAAUCACCUAAGCUACACUGCGUGCCGAGUCCCGAGCCUUCAUGAUAGCAGCAUCACCUCAACCCAUGCAUUCGCCCGUCUCGUGUCAACGAUUUGUAUGGGCUUUGCGCAC